UUAGUAAGUUUACGUCCGUGGUAAUGAUAGCCCCUUAUUCUUUUGCUUCUAGUCUAAGUUUCUGCUUUUAAUGCCAAGGCUGUGCUGCAGUUGCUGUUACACUGACUCGUUGUACUUUAUGAUUAUCCGUGAUCGUUUUUUUUGGCUUUUGCACAACGGUAUUGUUGUUGUAUCACUCAUCAGCUACAUCCGUUGUAUGAUGAUCUCGUCACCUCUUCUUGUGGGUCACGGACGUUGUUUUUGAAUAGAGAUCUGGAUAGAGUUGUUUGCGAUUACAAAACUC